AUAAAAGCAAAAAAAAAAAUAAUCAAAUUAUUGUCUUCUAUCUUUAUUCACUUUUAAAUACUUCUUAUGAGUGAAGAAAGAGACCCUCUCCUCACACCGGAUAGGGAUGACGAUGAUAUCUCACCAUCCGAUCGCAGACAACAAUCUGGCAAUCGCAAUGGUGGAUUAGGAAAUGGUCGAUUCUCUUUUCUCGAAAAAACUUUGUUCUUUUUGACCGUAUCUCUGUUUUUUAUCCUUUGCGUCUUUGCUGGCCUUUAUGCUAGAAGAGUAUAUGAUGAGCCCAACGAAAAGCCAACCCCAGUACACCCUCCAAAGCCUCCUCAUGACAACACCCCCGAACCACGGUGUUUGACCUCCCAAUGUGUACUGGUUGCGUCAGAUAUCCUCAAGGACGUUGACUUGACCUUAAACCCCUGUGAUGACUUUUAUGAAUACACGUGUAGUAAUUGGAUGAAAAACAAUCCUAUUCCUGAAGGCCAAUCAUCCAAAAGUUACUUUGAAAGCUUAUCCAAGAACAAUAAGGAAGUCUUGCAUUCUAUCUUAACCCAAGACUUUGAAGAAUUCUACAACAACACCCACAAUGGCAAACAAGACAGUGAGUUGCCUGACCCAGAAAAGUUAAUUGACAAGCAAAACUUUGAAAAAGUCAAGACCUUUUUUGAUUCCUGCAUGAACGAGGUUGCGAUUGAUGGAAGAAGCACAGAACCUGUCUAUCCUAUUCUCCGCCAGAUCCGCGAUGGAUACCCUGCUGAUGUGGUGAAUCCCAAGGGAAACUCAAAAUCGAGUGCACUGGUUGACACCUCUCGACUUACAAACAUCUUGGCUCUUUUGUCGAAGCACAGUAUUGGCGCUCUCUUUGAAUUGGUUACGAUUCCUGACCCUAAAGAUCCUCUCAAGAGCUCACUUGAAAUGUACCAAUCCGGGCUUACUUUGCCCUCUAAAGAGUAUUAUACGCAACCUGAAUUGGUUCAGAAUUUGUUUGAUGUUGUAGCAGAAACCAUGGAGGCUGUAUUUAGCAAGAAUGCCUCCGAAUUCGGGUGGAACCGUUGGAGCGCAAAUACCACAGCUCGUCUUGUAGUAGAUUUCGAAAAACGUCUUGCUGAGAUCAGUGACUACAGGGAAUACUUUUAUGACACCGAGGCGACCUACAAUCCUCUCACUCUUUCGCAACUGUUCAACAUCUCAUCCUCGAUUGACUGGGGACUGUACAUCUCCCAAAUGUUGCCAGUAACUGCCUCUCAGCCAGACUUCAUCCUUGUAACAUCGCCCGAGUACAUCUCCAAAGUAUCUAGUGAAGUUCUUGGCAAGAGUACAAACCGCGCUAUUCAGUCCUUUUUGAUGUGGCAAGCCAUCAAGUCAUACGCACCUGCUCUGGGCGAGGAAAUACGGAAGCCGCUUCACAAAUUCAAUGCCAAGCUGAGUGGCACAAAUCCCAAGGUCACAAAGCCUCGCUGGGAAAUUUGUCUCUCUCAGGUCGAUGACUCGACUGGAUUCCUUGCCGGUCGAUACUUUGCACUAUCAAAGUUUCAGGGUGACUCUAAAAAGAGAGCUGAUGAGAUUGUUGAGUCUAUCAAAGAGGCUUUUGUUAACCGAUUGCCUGAAUUGGCUUGGAUCGAUGAUGCUACUCGUGAACGUGCGGAAGAAAAGGUUGCAAAGUUGAUUCGCAAGAUUGGUUAUCCUACCGAGAUUCCAAAUGCUAUGUCUCCCGUAUCAUUGUCUGACUAUUAUUCGGAUUUAAAGAUCCAGUCAAAGAACUUUUAUGAAAACUUUGAAAACAGUAAAAAAUGGGCUUCAAAGGCCAUCUGGAAAGAAGUCGGAAAACCACCAAACAAGGCAGUUUGGGAAAUGAACAUUCAAGUAGUCAAUGCUUAUUACAACCCCUCUUUCAAUGAGAUUGUAUUCCCUGCAGGAAUCCUACAAAACCCAUUCUUCCGUAAUGAGCAUCCUGAAUAUCUCAACUAUGGUGGUAUUGGUGCUGUUGUUGGUCACGAACUUUCCCAUGGAUUUGAUAAUAUGGGUCGUCAUUAUGACCCUGAUGGUCGCCUAGUGGAAUGGUGGACAAACCAGACUUCUGCUUCUUUUGAUGAAAAAACCAAAUGUUUUGUGGAUCAGUACUCCAACUUCACUGUCGAAGGCGGCGAUGGCAAGCAAAUUCAUCUCAACGGAAAGCUCACCUUGGGCGAGAACUUGGCUGAUAACGGUGGACUUGGCCAGUCCUAUCUGGCAUGGAAAAAGCGCUAUGAGAGUGACAAGGACAGCAAGGUUUACAACAAUGUUCUCUUGCCAGGCCUUGAUAAUUUGACUCGCGAUCAGUUAUUCUUUGUGAACUUUGGCCGUAUUUGGUGCUCAAAACGAACCAAAGAGUUGUCUAAGCAACUGGUGUUUACCGAUGAGCAUUCUCCUGGUAGAUGGCGUGUAAAUGGAGCUGUGCAGAACUCUAAAAAUUUUGCCGAAGUCUUCAAAUGCCCUGCUGGUAGUCCUAUGAACCCAGUAGAUAAAUGUGAAAUGUGGUAAUUAAAUAACUCGAUUGUUUUGCUGUUUUUUUUUCUUUAAAGAAACAACAACUAUCAAUAAAUACAUUUUUUGUACAACACCUCUAUAAUACUCAGUGUAAUUUAUAUUUGACAAUAUAUGAAUACUAUUUCUAUGUGGUUUAUCAAAGUUA